UAAGGGCUCAUCAGCGAGAAGACUGUUGAUGAAUUUCAAUACUGUGUGAUAUGAUAUGUUUAUAUUUUCAAUUCGUAUUAACUGAAAAGGAAUGAAUGAUAUAAGGAUUAGUUAAAAGAUUGAUACACUAUAAGGAAAUCGAGAAGCUGACAGAAUGACUGAACGACGUCGAUUUCGUAGAGAUCGAAGUGAAAUUAAUAUCUGUAUUAAAUACAUUCUCUUUUUUGAAAAUUUUCUUGCAUGGUUAAUUGGUAUAGCAUUCACUGCUCUUGGUACCUAUAUAUUAGUAUUGAAGGAGAAAGUGGUACGAGAUGUCAUAGAUUUCUUACUUGAUCCGGCCUGUAUAUUAACUGUUUCUGGUGCGAUUAUCUUCUGUCUAGCUUUCUUCGGUUGUAUGGGAGCUCUCAGAGAAAACACAGUAUUUUUAAAAAUUUUUUAUUAUGUGACUAUGCUAUGUUUAGUUGGAGAAAUAGUAUUAGCGAUAUUGGCUUUCAUUUUUUAUUACGCACCUGAUGUUCGAGAUCAAAUGAAUCUGUUUCCCGAAAAGACUUUUAACGAGGCUAUAGUGAAAUACCGAGAUGAUCCGGAUAUGCAGAAUUUAAUUGACAGUUUUCAACAAUCAUUGGGAUGUUGUGGAUUGUCCAAUACAGAUGAUGGCUAUAAGGAUUGGUUUAAAAAUUUAUAUUUUAAUUGUUCGAUAGAAAAUAAAAGUCCCGAAAAAUGUUCUGUCCCACCAUCCUGUUGUAAUCUUAAGCCGGGUGAAAAUAUCAAUUUAUUAUGUGGUGGGAAUGUUUACAGAAUAGACGAGAAAGGUAAUACUAUAGAGAACGAUUUGAGUCGGAUAUAUACUAAAGGUUGUUUAAAAGCAGUCGGAGAUUGGAUUAAUGCACAUUCCUUAGUGAUAGGUGGGGUAGCAUUGGGUAUAUUAUUACCACAGAUUUUCAUCAUUUGUAUGUCCCGAAAUUUAAUAGACCAAGUAAACGCACAGAGAGCAAAAUGGCGAUAACGGUCCGCCGUUUAAGAUUUUAACUUACCCAUCGUGAUCAUUCUUAAUUUUAAUGUAAUAACUCUUCUGCGUCAUAAAACAACUUGACGACUGACACUCGCAGAAGUGACUUCUGAUUUUGGUAUGUGCUAUACCUAAUUAUGCUACAAAUCAGUAUUACUAUUAAUGCAGCAAAUCUACAUCAUAUAAAUAUAACAAACGUGCCUUAUUGUGAUAAAUACUAUGGUAUUAGAAAUAACGCUUUUCUUUGAAUGAAUGUACAAUACAUAAUAUACUGUGGACAAGGUCAACAAUACGAGGGUUGGUUGAGCCAAACUGUGAAAGACUCAUACCGGGUCGAUGAUUUAUUUCUCUCCACAGUCCACUUUCAGGUUAGGUGGGGUUAAUCAUUGAAAAUCUUUGAAAUCAUGGGCAUGAAUUUUUAUUUUCACGUGUAGCAAGGAAACUGACGCGUUUCUGAACCACUGCUAAGACCUGUGGUACCCGUCAUGGGUCACGAGAUGGCCUGGUAAAAGAUUUUCCAUGAAUCCGAUUUAUCCCUCCUAAGCGUAAAACUUGUAACUGUAAGUGGUGAAUUUGAAAUUCAUUGUUUUAUCAGGAGCUUUACGAUGUAUGCCUUGAAAGAAUAUAAUAUGAAUGAAUGUAGUAUCCAGUAGAUUUAUAUAUUUGUUACUGAUUUUAUAUAAAUUGUGAAUUGUUAAUAUUUUAUCAAUCAUUUUUGUAUUAAAAUAUAUUUUAAAGUUCCU